AAAGUAAGAUUGACACAUGUCAACCACAAAAACGUCAAUAAUGAUGCGUGCAUUUUUUUAAAUUUCAUACCACAAUAAUUUAACUAGUAUUUUUUAAUAUGCACCGAAAAAUAGAUUCGAAAAUGAUUUUAACAGACCACUUUGCACAAUCAUCCUAGUUUUGGAUCAUUUAUUUAUAUCCAGACCUUGGGAUUAAAGAAUUUGUCGCAGUAACAUUACGAAAUACGUAAAAAAGAGUCCUUACAAUGGAUAAUAACAGUAUUAAUGUUCACCCACUUACGAAUAACCCCACUGCUGCAUGGAAAGAAAUAUUUAAAAACCAGAAAGUACUUAAACUGAAUGUUAAGACACCUUGCAAACCAGCGGAACCAAAUAAAGUUAGAUUUGUAUGUAUGAGUGAUACGCAUUCUCUCAUACGAAACAUCACUUUUGACGUCCCAGAUGGUGAUGUAUAUAUUCAUGCCGGAGACUUUACAAAAUGUGGCCAAAAAGAGGAAGUUAUACAAUUCAACAAGUGGUUAAUGUCUUUACCUCAUAAACAUAAAAUUGUGAUAUGUGGAAACCAUGAACUAAGUUUUGAUAAGAAGUUUUCAGACUGUUUUAAAAAAACGGUUUCAUCUAGACACACUGGUUCUCUGGAAGAUGAGGUUCCUAAUUAUGGAAACACAAAAGACAACAUCAAUGAUGCUGUGAAUACUGAGAACGUAAGACAGUAUUUAACUAAUUGUAUAUAUUUAGAAGACUCUGCAAUUGAAAUUUAUGGUAUUAAAAUAUAUGGGACGCCUUGGCAACCAGAAUUUGGGGGUUGGGCUUUUAAUCUACAAAGAGGCGAAGAAUGUCUUUCUAAAUGGAAUUUGAUUCCAAAUGAGACAGACAUACUCAUCACCCACACACCUCCUUUGGGUUAUGGUGACCUAGUUUGCUCAGGGGUUAGGGCUGGCUGUGCUGAAUUAUUAUCAACCGUGCAACAACGGGUGAAACCUAAAUAUCACGUUUUUGGACACAUCCAUGAAGGCUAUGGCGUAUUUUCUGAUGGAAAAAUUAUCUAUAUCAACGCUUCAACAUGUGAUAUUAAUUAUAUACCUAAAAAUAUUCCAAUAGUUUUUGAUGUUCCUUUGCCAGAAGGGCAACUUAAAGACUAGGAAAGCCCCUCACCUUGUAAAGCUUCUUUUGUAAUUUAAUUUAUACUAGUUUUAAUCAUUUUAUACAAAGUGGUGCAAAAAAUGCUGAAAAUGAUAA